UAGUUCUGUUGUGUAAAGAAGCUACCUUCUGUCUAGGACAUUCAACUUACUCUCACAGCACAUUGAACCUCUUUCUGUGAACAGAUCCUGUUGUAUUUGUGGGUUGCUAGGUUUUUUUUAUUAGAAGAGUUGUAAGUGGUUGGAGUGUGGUCAUUUUUAAGCAAUUGGGACAGUGUCACGACCUCUGAAUCGGAGUCUGCAAAUCAUGGCAAACUAGACCAGGUGGUUGUCUCUUCCAUUGAGGGUUAGGUGUUGCAACAAGCUCGUUGGACACAGCAGGGCUGUCCUCUUCCUCUGGGCUUGUGUCUUCAGGUCAUUACAUUAGGUCGACUAUUAAGUGACUCACAUCAAAACAUCCGUGUAAGAACAGCUAUGGGAGUACCAAACUCCAGGGAAUACAACUACUAUCACGCUCCAACCACACCCUUUAGGAUUUUGCUGAAAAGGCGCAAUGAGCCCCUAAAAAAGGAGCGUCCAAAGUGGAAGAGUGAGUACCCGAUGAUGGAGGGCCAGCUGAGGAGUAAGAGGGAUGAGUUUUGGGAUACGGCUCCCGCCUUUGAUGGACGCAAAGAGAUCUGGGAUGCACUCAGAGCAGCAGCCCUUGCUGCAGAGUGCAAUGACCUGGAGCUAGCACAGGCUAUAGUGGAUGGAGCCUGCAUCACUCUGCCACACGGCUCUCUCACAGAGAGUUAUGAUGAACUGGGCAACCGCUACCAACUCCCAGUCUACACUUUAGCCCCGCCUGUCAACCUCAUCUCUGAAACGUCCAGUGAGAACAAAGUAUCUGACUCCUCACAGAAACAAGCUCAACCCCCUCCGUGCAGACAAGAGUUCCAGCUGCGAGUGCGAUUGUCAACAGGAAAUGAUGUGCGUCUGACAGCCAGCAUGGCGGAUUCCAUCGCUGAGCUAAAGAAACAGUUGGAAGAACGAGAAGAAAUUGAUGUGACCCGCCAGAGGUGGUUCUUUUCCGGGAAGCUCCUGACUGACAAGACUCGUCUUCAAGACGCCAAAAUCCAGAAAGACUUUGUCGUUCAAGUGAUUGUCAAUAUUAACCCUCAAGUCAUAGCUAAUUGAGGAGGGAGACAAAGGGCUAUGAAGAGGAGAAAAUAUAAGGGACAUGCCAGAGAGGAGGGCAGGAAUAGGAGUAGGGCCUGAAAUCAUUUUCCAGUUGGCACUGCAGUGUAAUUUUGUGUACAUUUUUAUACAAGAAAUUAUUGCUUUUAUAUUGCUCCUUUUUGUAAUUUUCCCUUUUUCCAAAUUAA